AUGGGGUGCUUUGAAACAGGAGCUUUAUGGCUUAUGACCACACUAAUAAGCACGUUUGCGGAUGCCUUUGGAGAAAUUCAAGCUGAAUGUCUUGGAAACCGGGUGCAGUUUACACUCCCUGGUUCUUUGAGUCUUCUUGAGGUUUAUGCAGUCAAUAACACCCAGACAGUCCUUCUCACACCUUUCCUGGCAGCUCAGUGUGGAUACACACAGAAAUCUGAUCCCUGGGGCAAUAUGAUAGUGUCAGCUUCCCUACAGAGCUGUUUUGCAGAGAAACAGGGUGAAAAGAAAACUAACGUAGCUAUGCAGUUUAAACUGUACAAAUUCUCUAUGCUCUCUGAAAAAGUCCAUGAAGUGUCCAAGUCCUGCAGUUACACCAUGACUUCGCGUGAGAUUCUGUGUGAGACCAACUUCAUGGAGGUAUCCGUAAGGAAUGCAAUACCAGAUGUGAAGGCUGCACCAGUAAAACAGUGGUCCAUAGAUAUGCCUAACUUGAAACUCUGGAGGAUUAUUCUGUUCACCCCUGAAGAGAGGGCUUUUGAUAAAGAGACCAUCGAACAGAAAGGCUACAGUCUUAACAGUUCUCCAACACGACUGGUCAUGCGAAGCCCUUACAACAUGGCUGAAACCUAUGCCCAACGUAUUGAGGAUAUUGAUAUGAUGGUGUUCAAAUCGGUGGUCUUGUUCCGAGAUCGCUGGAUGAUGACUAUAGUGGAGUCUGCAGCCGUUUGUCCAACAAGUGGAGCUUCUGUUGAAGGGGACAUGAUUUAUUGGCGCCUUCCUCUGCGCAUAACACCUUUGGUGUCCUCUGAACUUGAAAUCCUGGAGGUGCAUAUGGGUGUUAAUGGCAGAAGGCUCACACCUAAUGAAAUGGCCAGUCGUAGCUAUAGCAUGACAUUAACAGAAUCCCAUGUUGUUGUUGAGAUUCCCAUCGGGGCUCCUGAUGGAUACUUCAAGAGCCAUACUCUUAAGGACCAGUAUCAUAUCAGUUACACCAUAGAGCCCAUGCUUGAGUUACUGUGGCAGGAAGGAGUUGAUAAGACCAAAUAUAGAGUCUUGUUCCCCAUCACCACUCCUUUGACACCAUGGCCACCUCAAAUCGCAGACAAAACUGAACCCAAUCAGAAGAUGUUUGAUGUAUUUCUGGGGUACUUCCUACCUGAUGUGGAGCUUCUGAGUGUCACCAUUGGCUCUGAAUUGAUCACUGUUCCGGAGCUCAUGUUUAAAGGCAUUAUCCUACAGGAGCACAGCUUCCCCAAUGAUACUAAGGCAUUUUCUCUUCAAAUUCCCUUCUCUGAACCACAUGUCCAAAUAAAGAAAGUUCACCUUGAUAAAACAACCUACACUCUUCCUGUUGUCUUUGGAUUCACUGUCUUGCCUGAUCAUUCAUCAUUUUCACACUCGGCAGAGCUAGAAACUUCUGUAACUGACACUGUACUUCCAAAAGCAGAGGGAAACUGUCAUCAGGACCACUUCGACAUACAUGUUGCUUUUGGAAGUGUUCCUACUUCAGACUUAAAGAUCACACUGGGACAAACAGAGCUGAAUGAGGAAAUUUUGCAGCAGUUUGAACACCAUUCAAACAAAACCCAUCUGACAAUAAUUGUGCCGUUCCUGUCCCCAGUUGUAGCUCUUGAGUCCAUUCAGUUGGCUGGAAUUGAAGGAAGAAUUGAUGUGAAAAUGUACAAUUCCUUGAAUAACUGGAAAUUUAACGAUGUGUCCCUUACGUGCACCUUUCUGGUAAAAUUAUCAGAGUGUUUUCCUAAUGGAACGGUUACUGUGGUGCUUCCCAAACUGGAAUCAGUACAGUAUCUUCCCAGUGAACUCUCUUUAAGGGACCCCACAUGCAAACCCUACUACAAUGAAGACCACUUUGCUUAUUUUCGCUUUGAUGUCACCAGUUGUGGGACCACACGAAAGUUUGUUGAGGACACCAUGAUAUACGAGAAUGAAAUCACCUGGAAGACUGAUCCUUUACCUCAGACUUCUGAAUUGGAACCUGAGCCAGUAUACAGGUUCGUAGUGUCCUGUGUUUAUGUUGCAAACGCUACAGAGAGUAUGAUCUUCCAUGCUGUUUCACACUUUAAAGAGCCUCAUGCAGAUGUGGGGAAGGGUGAACUAUCUGUUAGCCUCAGGCUCUCUCAAGAUAUGGUCUACAAACUCUUCUAUCAUGAUGGCGACUACCCACUUUUAAAGUUUCUGAAGCAGCCUCUGUAUUUCGAGGUGGGUAUGGAUCACUCCAGGGACUCCAAGAUGGCAGUAGGCCUGGAAAACUGUUGGGCAACACUCACCAAGGACAAAGAGUCCAAACCUCGAUGGGAUUUAAUAGUUGACGGAUGUCCUAAAGGACCAGAGCAGACUAAAAUCCGUCCUGUAAUCGCUGAUGACAGAGUAAACAUCCCGGAUCAUUUCAAAAGAUUUGAGGUUAAAAUGCUGGAUUUCACCAAGACCGAUAGGAGCUCUACAGAUGAUGCUGCCACUACAAUGAGACGGGUGUUUAUCCAUUGUGACGUUCUUAUUUGUCAUACUGAAAACACUGCUGAUGGACACUGUUACAAACAGUGUAUGAAUCCUCACAACCCACAGCAGAUCAGCUCAAGUCGAGUUCGCAGGAAUUCACGGUUUUCAGAGGAAGACCGCCGGCAUGUUUUUGUAGGACCAAUUCUGUUGAUAUGAGCGCGUGUCAGUUUUCCAGAAACACGCUUCAGGCUCAUUCUGAAGCCGAAACACAUGAUUUUAAGCAACCACCUGAUGCGAAAUGAGACUCAGGUUGUCAUGAAAAUGAGAUUUUGGACAAGUUCUGUGAUAAAUCAUCUACUUUUACACACAAAUAAAAACCUGUCACACUGGCCUUACAAUUAAUGUAGAUGCUUUGGUUGUCCACAAGAUGGCGUCUCGAGAUAAUAAAUCGUUUUAACCCAGGUUUUUGUUUAUUCUUGUAAUUAAUGACUGUUC